AUGAACUGCAGGAGCACAAGUUCCUCCUGAUGACUGAAGGCCUGAGCGAAAAACCCUCAGAGGAGGAGGCUUACGAGGAGAAGAGGCAGCAGGACGAGGAGGAGAAAGGGGCGGUCCUAGACAGUAAGGAGGAGCUAAAGGAGCUGAGGGAUCAGCUGGUGCAGCUGCUCCUCAAACUGGAGGAGACGCGGGAGGUUUCCCAACAGCAGGAGCAGAGCUGUGAGGAGCUGCAGGGGUUGCUGGAGGACGAGCGGCUGGCGAGCGCCCACCAGGCCGAGAGCUUCACCAGACAGAUCCAGACGCUGCAAGUGCAGCUACACUCCGUCCAGCAGGAGGCGAUCCGUCUGCAGGAGGAGCGGGACGGUGAGCUGAAGGAGGUGCAGCAGGAGCUGCGUUGGGCUCAGGAGGAGGUGCUGCUGCUCCAGCAGGCCGCCGAGGAGGCAGCGGUAGACAGCGAGAAUGACAUCGCCUACCUUCAGGAAGAGCUGUGCCGUCUUAAGGCAGAGCUUCAGUCUCUGCACGCCGCUGUGGCCGAGUAUGAGCUGGAGAUCAACGCGCUGAGGGCGGAGCUUAACACUGAGAGCCUGAACCCCCCCUCAGCAGAGGUGGCGCAGCUUCAGGUGGAGGCGUGGUCACUGAGCUGCGAGCGUCAGACUCUGAGCGGCGAGAACAGGCGUCUGAGUGACAGCGUGGAGCGUCUGCAGUGUGACGACGUCUACCCGGCGAUCAAACGGAAGUGCACUCCUGAACCGGACCCCAAGGUGAAGGCAGAACUGGGUCCCCUGGUCCAGUCUGGACCAGAACCGCUGGACUCUGAGAUCAGUGUCCUGAAGGUCCAGUUGCAGUGUGCUGAGGAGACGGCCCAGAAAGUCCAGGAGGAGUGUGACGCCGUGAAGGCGGAGCUAGUGGAGCUGCAGCUGCGGUACGACUGCAGUCAGCAGGAACGGACCUCGCUGGCGCUGGAGCUGCAGCGCUGCAAGGCAGAGCUACAGAGGCUGCUGCUCCGGAGCCCACAGAACUGCACCCCCCAGUCAGAGCCCCCUCUUCUCUCCGCCCCCAUCAUUGGCUUGAUCGUAAUCAUGGCCUUAAUUUGGUGCUGGUGGGAGGAGCUAUCACCCUAAAGUCCUCAGAGUGGCUUUAAAUGCCAGAACCCGGCGGUGGCGGCCCAAUCCCGAUCCAUGCUGGUUCUGGUGGUUCAGAAGAACCUAAAGACGUAAAGGAAGGAAGCUCAGAGCAAACUCUGAAGUCCGUUACCAUGGUGAUGUCUUCAGGGAGCAUCUUUAGAUGGUUCUGAUCCGCCUGGACUCAGACUCACAGCUGGAGUUCUCUUCUAAAAACUCCUGUCCAUCUAUGUGAUCACCAAAACCCUCAAUGCUUCCGAAAAUCUGAGAAGAUCUUGUCUGGUUCUGGUCCCUGACCCAAAUGCAAAGACAGGACCGGAUCUUCACCAAAAACCCCAAACUUCAAAACCUAGCAGGACAGCUGGCUGGUUCUGGUCUCGGAAGAACGGGUCAAAGCAUUCCUUGUGUUAGUGAGGUCCUAUCCAGAUGACUGUCCAGUGGACCCCCAGAACCGCUCAGAGGAGAUUCUCCUCAGUGACCUCCCUCGGUUCUGCAAAGUUCUGCUGCCGGUAUGUUUGGUAGUUUCUCCAUGAGUCCAACAUUUAGAAUUCUUCAGGACCUGUGAGGAUUCUUGGGUCAGAAGGGAACAGGGUGUUUCCCCACGAGUCAGCAGAUAUUCAGCCCCGCCCCACCACCACCACAGUGAUGUUUUCAGGAAUCAUCUGGACUCUUGGGAUUUCAGCUUCAGGAGUUUCCAGAAAAGAGAAGAAGAUUAUCCAAACAUCACGAGAACUGAUCUGAAAUCUUCUAGAAUCUCUACAGAUUUAGUGACAUUUAAAACCCGGGAAUCUAGUGAUGUGAAGGUGGCGUGAGGCGACUCGCAGCUGACAACAAAAAACACUGCCAGCUACUGCUCAAUGUCAUGACUGUCAUCAUCAGCCGAGCACGUCUGACCAUGACUCAGCACGUCUGACCAUGACACAGCAUGUCUGACCAUGACUUGGGAUGUCUGACCAUGACUCGGCACAUCUGACCAUGACUCAGCAUGUCUGGUCAUGAGUCAGCAUGUCUGACCAUGACUCAGCACGUCUGACCAUGACUCAGCAUGUCUGGUCAUGACUCGGCACGUCUGACCUGGACUAGUCAUUUGAUAUCAAAGUCCUGAUUCUCCUAAAGGCUUAUCUUCUGUUGAUGGAGGACAUAUAAAGAAAAUUAAGCUUAAAAUGCA